AUGGCUUCGUAUCUUACGGAAAAGGAGCAGGAGCAAAUGGUGGAGCACAUGCAUAAGAUUGUCCCGCAAGAGGAGCUCUUGCAGGAGGUGGUUUCUGGCUGGAUGAACCGAAUGCAUGGCGUGUUUCCGAAGAUUCACGAGAGAUGGACAGGAUUGGUGAAGCCCAAGCUCUCAGGGACUAAAUUACCUCGUCCAAAGACCACGCCUCUGACAGCUACCACUCUCAAAAACAGGCAUCCCAUUGACGAGUUGUUGUACUGGCACAACGCAAUUAGAAAGGAACUGGAAGCUUUUCACAGAGAAGUGAAAGGCCUGGAGCUUGACACCUUCGACAGUCUAAUAAGAAGAUACCGGUUCCUCUCAGAUAUUUGUGUGUUUCACAGCACAGCGGAGGACCAGGUGGUCUUUCCUGCUCUUUCAAAACGUGUAGACCUUCCGACACGCUAUGUACAGGCCCAUGCAAACGAAGAGAAGCUCUUUGCUGCAGUAGGGCAUCUGCUGGAUGAGGUUCGGCAUGUGAUGGAGCACAGUCCAAGUGCUGCCGAGCCGCUCCUUUCAGAGCUGAAGAAACAAGCACUCACCAUUGUGGAGUCACUGGACCAGCACCUGCAAGCUGAAGAGGAUGAUGUGUUUCCUCUGUUGCGGCAGCACUGCAGCCUGGAUGAGCAGCGGCAGCUCGUCUACCGGUGCCUGCUGGUCAUGCCUCUGCGGCUGCUGGAGCGUGUGCUCCCAUGGGUAAUGACAUUCGUCACAAAGGAGGAGGCCACAGAGAUCGUGGAGAACAUGAAGCUCGCGGCUCCUGAGAUGGAUGUUCCUCUGGUCUCCCUGUUCACAUCCUGGGCCAGUAAGCACCCACCACAAUCUGACGACACCACCACACCACCCCAAGCCUUAGAUUCCAGCGUUUUUGACACUCCAAGACCAUUCACAACAGCAAAAUCAGGAAACCACUCAUUACACUCGAGUGCAUCCGCGGAUGCAGCCUCAUUGGAAGUGGGAUCCCAGCGCACAGCAGCCAGCCCCAAGGACAGCGUCUCAACCCCUCCUUCGAAGCGAGCCAGGCUCCUCAGCGGGUCAUUCCAGAGCCUGCCAGCAAUCCUAAUUAAACCCGAGCCCCCCCCUCCUAUGCAGCUCUCUGCUUCCGAGCCUGGGUCUCUGGGUUCCAAAGCGCUCAGCUUCUCCAGCGCAGCAGGCCGCGCUCUCACUCGCUCAUCCGCCUCCAGAGGGGGGUUUCUCACAGGGGGUGUCCUGGGUCCCGGCAUUUUCUCAAACGACAGGGGUAGCUCGUCAAGCCAGCGGCCCAUCGAUGCAAUUUUCCACUUCCACCAGGCGCUUAGGAAGGACCUGGAGUACCUGUCUGCUGAGUCAGCGCGGCUAGCCACGUGUGACGACGACGCUGCCCGGGAUUUCAGCGGGCGGUUCCACUUCCUGUGGGGGCUGUACCGCGCGCACAGCAAUGCCGAGGACGAGAUUGUGUUCCCGGCGCUGGAGGCAAAGGAGGCGCUGCACAACGUGAGCCACUCGUACACGAUCGACCACAAGCAGGAGGAGGAGCUUUUCGAUGCGAUCGCCGGCGUUCUAAACCAGCUCUCAGGGGUCAUUUCUGCGAUAAAUAAAGCCAAGGGUGUGGCUGCGAAAGCCGAGGAGAGCGGAGGGGAGGAGGAGCGGGAGGAGGCGAGGAAGCAGGUGAAGGAGCUGGAGGAGAGGAGGAGGGAGCUGGCGGAAAGGGUGCAUCGGAUGAGCCUGUCUGUGCGGCUGUGCCUGGACCAGCACAUCUCCCGCGAGGAGCUGGAGCUGUGGCCGCUGUUUGGGAUUCACUUCAGCAUGGAGGAGCAGGACGCGAUUGUGGGGCGCAUCAUUGGCACCACGGGCGCCGAGGUGCUGCAGGCCAUGCUGACGUGGAUCACAGCAGCCAUAUCAGACGAGGAGCAGGCAGGGAUGGUGGACACGUGGCGCAAGGCAUCCCGCAACACCAUGUUCGACCAAUGGCUGAGCGCCUGGUGGAAGUCCCCUGCUGGCACGUCCAACCCCCUGCCGCCCUCCCCUGGGCACCAAGGCCACGCUAGGGACGACCUAGCUGAUAGCCUCUCCUCUGACGCGCUACAGAUGGUGGCUGAGUAUCUAGAGAGUGAUGGGUCACGACAAGCAGCAGGGGCAGAGGCAGCAGAGCAGGGGGGUGCAGUAGCAGCAACGCGUGUUGACGCCUCCUGUGCGGAUGGUGCUGCAGAUGCUGGUGGUGCUGCUGCUGAUGGUGGUGCAGGUGCUGCUGGUUGUCAUGGUGGUGGGUGUGGACAUGGGCAUGCGGAAGGGACGACAUCUGACAGGGAGGGUACGGGCGGGGAAGGGUGUUCUGCGGCAGGAGAAUGUGGUGAUGGGCGCAGUGGGAAUGAGGCAGUGGGAGGGGAAGGCGGCAGUGGAAGUGGUGGGGGUGGGGUUGAAGAGGGUAUUGGUGGGAGUGGAGGUGGUGGGAGUGGGGAGGCAGGGAGUGGGGCGCAGGGCAAGGAGGUGGAGAAGGACAAGAGGACGUUUAGGCCGGGGUGGCACAACAUAUUCCGCAUGAACCAGAAGGAGCUUGAGGCCGCCAUCCGCCGCGUCUCCAGCGACUCGUCGUUGGACCCCAGGAGGAAGGCGUACCUCAUGCAGAACCUCAUGACCAGCCGGUGGAUCGUGGCGCAGCAGCAGCAGCACAAGUCAUCCCGCGACACGCCCGAGGAGGAGGUGCUGUGUGCGUCGUACCACGACGAGGAGAAGGGCAUCUACGGCUGCCAGCACUACCGCCGCAACUGCAAAGUGCGUGCUGUCUGCUGCGGCAAGCUCGUCUCCUGCCGCUUCUGCCACGACAAGGUCGCCGACCAUGCCAUGGACAGGCAUGCGGUGAAGGAGAUGAUGUGCAUGAAGUGUCUCAAGGUGCAGCCAGUGGGGCAGCACUGUGCCACGCCCUCCUGCAACGGCUACUCCAUGGCCAAGCACUACUGCAGCAUCUGCAAGCUCUUUGAUGACGCCAGGGUGAUUACCAUGCCUGAAGCCACUGGAAUGAUGCUCGGUAUUGGCGCAUCAACUCACAUGUGCAUCCUCACAACCCUCCUCCCACCGCACCGCCACCACAGAGACAUCUACCACUGCCCGUUCUGCAACCUGUGCCGGGUGGGGCGGGGUCUGGGAAUCGACUACUUCCACUGCAUGACGUGCAACGCGUGCAUGUCCGUGACACUGGCGCAGCACACGUGCCGGGAGAAGGGCCUCGAGUCCAACUGCCCCAUCUGCCACGACUUCCUCUUCACCUCCUCCGCACCUGUCAAGGCGCUCCCCUGCGGCCAUUUCAUGCACUCCGCGUGCUUCCAGGCAUACACAUGCGAGCACUACACCUGCCCCAUCUGCUGCAAGUCCGUCGGAGACAUGCGGGUGUACUUUGGGAUGUUGGAUGCUCUACUAGCCGCAGAGCAGCUUCCAGAGGAGUACCGCAACCGGCAACAGGCCAUUCUCUGCAACGACUGCGAGGCCAAGGGAAACGCACCUUUCCACUGGCUAUACCACAAAUGCUCUGCCUGCGGCUCGUACAACACCCGCACCAUCUAG